AUUUUUGCGACUGAGACGAUUGGAGAAGUCAGAAACUCAGAACUCAAAGUUGUAGAUUUUUUAAUAAAUAAUAUACGCUAUUCUUAACUUUUCCUAAUACAUGAGUGAAAUUGUUUACACUGUAAUGAAAUCUUAUUUAUCAGCUGCAUAUUAAUUUUAUUUUGUGCAGCAAUAAAAAAAUGGCUCAUUUGCAAUACAUGCCUGGUGAUCCUCGUUUGGUUGAUCAAUUAGUUUACGAAUUAAAAUCAAAAGGAAUUUUCGAUCAGUUUCGUAAAGACUGCAUUGCGGAUGUUGAUACCCGGCCAGCUUAUCAGAAUCUUAGGCAGCGAGUAGAAAACUCUGUGUCAACGUUUCUUGCGAGACAGUGCUGGCAACCUGAUUUAAAUAAAAAUCAACUGAGAGAAAAACUGAGGAAACAUAUAUUAGAUGGCAAUUACUUGGAGCAAGGCGUAGAAAGGAUUGUUGAUCAAGUGGUUAAUCCAAAAGUAGCAACUGUAUUUGUGCCCAAAGUAGAAGACCUUGUGUACAACUAUUUAGGCAUUACAAGAAAAAAAACAACAGUUGCAGAGACUUCUAAUGGAAACAUUGAUUUGCUGCCAAAUGACCUAGAAGCAGUGAGUCCCGGAUCAGUUAAAAGCAAUGAUGACAAAAAUGAGACAAUGGAUAUUGAUGAGUCUAUGGAAGCCACAAAGAUGGAAGUUGAUGAUCAAACUGAUAAAGACAAACUUAAAGAAGAGAAUAAUAUAUCAGCUGAAAAUAAUGAGAAAGAAAAAUCUGAAGAAACAGAGACAGCUGGUGCUAAUGAUGUUGUAUUGCAUGAGUCUGAUGGUAGUGACGAUAAAGAAAGCAUACCACUUCCAGCUGAAGAGAUUAGACCAGAAGAUAUUCCCCCACCAGAAAAUAGUCCGCCUAAAGUAGAAUUGGAAAAAAUAGAAUUGCCCAAAGAUCCUGAUGUAGCCACUGACAUACCCUUGCCGGAUGAAAUUCUUAAAGAAGAAAAUGAGAAUUUCUUCAAACCAAUAAAUACUGAAGAUGAUGACGAUUCCAGUUCUGAUUCAUCUUUACGCAGAAAUAUGUCGCCGUUGACACCAAUAAGAAAUUACAACAAUGAAAAUUCUUGUGAUGCUCAACAAGGCUUUGAAAACGAUUUCGUAGAAACGAAAGAGGAAGAAAUAAAAGAACCAAGUUCGUUCAGAUUUGCAAUUGAAGCCAAAUCGACAGAAAAUAGUUUGGAUACUAUUAAAACAGAUAAAAAGGAAGCAGAAUUAUCCUAUCAAUUUAAUCAAGUAAAUAUCAAUAAUUUUAAUUCACCCGCCUGCGAGGAUAGUUCCAACAGCAAUAACUUACAAAUUGAUUACGAAAGUGACGCAAAUAGUAAAAUUAAUAAUGAGACGAAAGUUGAACCCGAUCAAAACUCUGAAGAUGCCAAGAAAUCAAAGAAACCUGAAGAAAAGAAAAGUAGUCAUAAAAGUUCUCAUCGUUCUAGAGAUUCGCAUAAACAUUCUAGCAGUAAAGAUAAAAAAUCCGAAUCUAAACCGACAAGUAGUAGAGACAGCAGUCGACACGAUAAGAAGUCGUCCAGUAAAGAUGAUAGUAGUAAAAAUAAAUCAACUGAUAAAGAAAGGUCCAGAGAUAGAAGUGACAAGAAAGAUAGUAAAGAUUCUUCAAGGCAUAGAAGUUCUCACAAAUCCAGUCAUAAGGAUUCCAAAUCGCACAGAAGCUCCAGUUCUAGUCACAGGUCACAUUCAAGUAAACAUUCUGAUGACAAGAAGUCUUCGUCAUCCAGCCACAAAGAAAAAGACAAGAGUUCAGAUAAAUCUUCCUCUAAAGAGGUUUCUAAAGAGAAAUCCAAAGAUUCAAAAUCCAGUUCGCAUCGUUCAGACAAAGAAAGAAAAGGUAGUAGUAGUAGCACUAAGAAUAAAUCGAGUGAUAAAGACAAAGAAAAAAAGACUAAAAAGGACGCAGAUGAUCAUUAUAGUCUAUCGGGAAGGGGAAAUCCAAACAGGCGGUCAACUGAUAGAGAUUCUAAUGAUGGCAGCUCUUCAUCCAAAGGGUCGCAUCGUCCGUCAAGUUCAAAAUCGUCGGAAAGCAAAAAAGAUUCCAAAGAAAGCACAUCAAAGUCUGAAAAUACAUCAGGCAGCGGAUCGACGAGCCCUAGUGAUAAAGAGAAUGUCGUACAUGAUGCGGGAACUAAAGCGAGCACAUUGCAAAAUAAACCUAUCAUCAGAGUUGAAACUCAUUUAGAAACUCCAGUUUCGUCACCGCCACGUUUACCUUUCGUUCCUGAUAUAACUUUGAAAAAACCAAAAAUCGCCGCAAAUUUCGAAGAGGCUAAGAAAAUAAUGAAGAUGCGAAAGUUUCUAGAAGAUGAGCAAAGACGAAUGAAUCAAGAAGCGGCGUUGCUGUUAGAAUUUCAAGCAAAUGUGAGGCCGAGUUUAAGCCAGGUUUACUCAAGUAUACCCGGACCUGAAUUGGAGUUUGCAUGCGAUUCAAAUGCUACAAGAACGCAGUAUAUUAUAAAAAGCAAUGAAAAUGCAAUGGAAGCAUCAAUUGACAAACAAGAACAACCUACAUACACAAAUGCGGAAUUAUAUGAUGAGUUAAAUGAAGGAAAUCAAAGUAAUGAUGUUAAUAAUUCAAAUGAACUAGUCUGUAAUGAAGAUAAUGCUAAAAGAAUAAAUGAGUCUGUAAAAUGCGAUGCCGAUAAUGAGCAUGCUUUGGAAACAGAAAAUAAAGAUUUUAAAAUUGAAGCAACAGCUGAUAAUACUUAUUGUGACUGUGUAAACAUUCAAGAAAAUAACCAGCAAUUUGCAGUUCUGGACGUAUCCGGCAAGAAAAUUAAAGGAAAUACAGGAAACCUUAAAAUAUCAGAAAUUAAUUAUAAAUUAUCUCGAACGGAAAAACAAAGUGGGAGUACAGUUAAAAAUGUUAAAUCUAAAGAAGAGGAUGACACAAAUACCAAUCUAUUUUACUUUGCAGAGCACGAGAAAUAUGAAUCUGAAAUAGAAAAAUCCACAUUCAGUACAUUUCUUAAAUCAUACUUGCAGAAAGCUGCAACAAAUAAUAAAAUAUAUUUAAUAAACUGUGAUACAUAUGAAGAGAACGUCAUUCGAGAGGCUUCGAAAACGUUCGGUGAGUUUGAAAUAAUAAAUUACCAGAGAAAUGGACAUUUGAAGUUACCCAAAACGAAAUCAAUAGUGAAAAAUGUUAAUAUUUCUGAUGAAGUGUCACUACCUCUCGAUAUAGAAUUUGAACGAUCAAAUGAUACAGACAGCAUGAAAUCACAAGUUUUCAGUCCAGGAAAAUCUGAUUGUUCUUUCGAAUUGAGUGACUAUGACACAAAAUUAGAACAAAUGGUCCAUACAACAUCUAGAAAAGAAAUAAUGGAGAUUAUACUGGGAGAUAUCGUCGACGAUUCAUUAACAAAAAUGCCAAAAAUCGAUUACAUCACUGAAUCUAACAUUGACAGUGCAAUGGACUGCAAUUUGAAGAGGAAAUUGGAAGAUGUUGAAACAACGGAGAAUAAUAAUAGGAGGGUCUUAACACCGAAUAAAAUAAGGAAAAUGAGCACAUCAGAUCUUAUCACAUCUACUACAGAAGAUAACGAAGAAACAGAACACAAUAGUAGAUCGAAUACUCGAUCAAAGUAUUUGGGGAGGGCGAAGAGAGUUGGCUUGCCUCGGCCCAGAAGACCAGAAUUACCCAAUAGUCCGUCAAGUGACAAGUCUGUAGAAAAUUACGAACAAAACUCGCAAACCGCACCAAAAACUCCAAACGGUAAAGUGAAAACGCCAAGGAACGUAGUGCAGAGGUAUGAGACCUCAGAUUUAUAUAAACCGAAGUUACAUUAUCUGUCGAGACGCAAUGUCAGUUAGAUUUAUUAUCUGUUGUGUUUUGGCGGUAAAAGUGACACGGGUCGUGCAUGUGUGCAAAUUUUAAAGAAAUUUUUAAGCAUAUACCUACAUGUCGUGUGAUUUAGUAUUAAAAAAAUUGUGAAGAAAAUUAAGGUAUUGUUUUGGUUUGGUUGGAAUUGAAUUUCAUAAAAUGUAUCUAUCAUAUUUUACAAUGCAAUAAUUGUUUUGAUGUAAUUUAAAUAAAAAAAUACUUUUUGUAUUUUCUCUGUUCUGUAUCUGUACUUUGAAAUGGUGUAAUUUUUGUCUUUCUGUAAGAUAUUAUGUUUAAGAUAAUGUUAUUUAGUGUAUGUUAAAUUAAAUAUUAUACAAGAUAUAGAAUUUUAAAUAUUUAUUAUUUGAUAUACUAAAUUGCAGUGUUCAAUCCAAUUUGUAAAUGAGUAGAAGGGUCCGAAGGGCUGCUUUUUUUUUAAAUAUUUUUCAUAAUUUUUUAUAGAUGUUAAAAAAAUAUCUUGUAUAACACCAAUAUUUUAACAGAUUAUAAACACUAUAUUAUGCAGUAGUGUGCUAAGAAAUUCAUUAUAUUUAUGACAUUUUAAUACUAGGCAGGUAGGUUAUGUUAAAUUAUUAUUUUGAUUUCAGUAAAUGAUAAGUAUAUUAUGAUUGAAAAUGUAUAAAACAGGCAAUAAAAUUAGCUAUCAAAAUUCAAUGUAGUGUCAAUAUCGUAUUAACCGUUCCUAAUUCGAAGUUAUUUCAAUGUUUUUGUAUUGACAUUUUUUCUUCAUUUAGAUGCAUCAAAAUUAAUCAAUUUAUUUUAAAAGUAAUUAUUUAUACAAAACGUUACUUAACACUGCCACUCGGAAGAAAAUAUAGUUAUUACUAGUAGUUAUAUUAUAAUCUUGACAUGUCAUUUAGAACAUUUUCGCGAAUCACAUAUAAAGCAAUAUCUACACUAUUAUAUUUCAUAGUCAUAAAAUGGAAAGUGUAUGUCGUUACAAUAGUAUAUAUACAGACGGCACGACACUGGACCUAUAUACACGCGCCUUCUGUUCAAAAUUACGAUAGUACGCUUUAUUACUUUACUAACGUGUGUGGAAAUUUUCCGUGUCGUAGUGAGACAAUGCUCCAAAUAGAUAUAGUUGAAAAAAACAGAAAAUAUCGUUACAAUUAUUGCCUUAUAAAUACCAUAAUAUUCAUCAAAGUUCCUGUUAUAUUUUCACACCAAUUUUGAUAUAUAGUACAUGUCCUAAAAAUCGACUUGUCGUGUCUUCACAUAACUGUCUGAUUUUUUUUUUUUUCUGAAACCCUAAUAACAAGGAUAUUUAUAAAUUGGUAGGGGUCAUAUAUCGACUGUUGAAAGACCAUAGCCUAUCUGACUUAGAUUAUAUAUGUAUGCUAUACAUUAAUAAUUCUAAUGCUUAUUUGAGUAUCAUCCCUUUCUUUUGCUCUAAAACCCCCUAAAAGCGAGGUUUGUUUAGUGGCAUUAUAUAUUGAUUUAAAUUCUACCAAAAGAGAAUAACCAUUAGAUCUCUUUUAUAUGCACAUUUUUUUGUAACAGUACAAGAAAAUAUAUAUACAUAAUGUUGAUUCAAAUGUUGCCACAUUGUAAUUUAUUCUAUAUUGUUUUUUUUUUUCUAAAAAUAUUGUACAAAUAUUCUAAUGAAAAUGUAAAAGUGUAAACAUAGAUCCAUUACCAGUAAGAUGCUUUGUAUAUUAUGUGAUAAUAUAAAACUGUUAUGCCCUUCUAAAAUUUAAUUAAACCUAAUUCUUUAA